CUUUCUUGUUAAAGCUAAUAUCAAUAAAUCACAAUAAUGUUGUUAGGUAGGAACUUGUUCUCUUUUUAAUUGUGCCAGCUUUUUUGGUUUGAAAGAAGGCUCCUGGUCUCCUUCUGCCGCUCCGAACAGCCACUCCAGCCCAGGAAAUGACGCCCUUCGCUUGACUUCAAACUUCCAGAGGCGGGUGCUGCCGGACGGGUUGGGAAGAAAGAUCUACUCGAAAACAAGCAAACAAAACCUGCUCUUGGAUUAGCUCUUUUUAAUAACAUGUUUUGUUGAUGCUUCAAGAAAUGUAUUUUUAGUUACACGCCAUUCUUCGCUUUUUUUCGAAUAGUGUUUUGCACUUUGAAUAUUGCAACAGAAUGAGUCUACUUGAAAUAAGUGAAAACGUCAAACUUGCCCGAGAAUACGCCUUACUCGGAAACUACAGUUCUGCUAUAGUGUGCUACCAGGGGGUGCUUGAGCAGAUCAAGAAAUAUCUCUACUCUGUCCGAGAUGCUGCUUUACAACAUAAAUGGCAACAGGUUUGGCAAGAAAUCCAUGAAGAAAAUAAACAUGUGCAGGACAUUAUGACAACACUGGAGAGCUUUCAGCUGGAGACCACCCCCUCUAAACCAAGCUGCCAAGAUGGAGACAUCUGGCCUGUGCAGGUGGAGCGGAGGUCCUCGCCCUGUCCGGUGCGGAGGCCACAGGUCCCCUACAAAGAAGGCAAACCGCACAACAAUCGCCUGAGUGCAGCCGCCCGGUCUCAGCACCGACAGUCGCCGCGCGUGCCCAACGGCGACCGUGCCAAGCCUGCCAAAGGCAAGGAGAAGAAGGAGGCGCCAAGCAAGCCUAAGGAUGACAAGAGCAAAGCUGACGUAUCCGAGACGGAGGUGAAGAAGUUUGACGGGACAGGAUAUGACAAAGACCUCGUGGAGGCCCUGGAACGAGACAUUAUAUCACAAAACCCAAAUGUCAAGUGGGAUGACAUUGCAGACUUGGAGGAAGCUAAAAAGCUGUUGAAGGAAGCUGUGGUGUUGCCUAUGUGGAUGCCUGAGUUUUUCAAAGGAAUUCGAAGACCUUGGAAGGGAGUGCUGAUGGUUGGCCCACCUGGCACGGGGAAGACCCUGCUGGCCAAAGCCGUGGCGACAGAGUGCAGAACCACCUUCUUCAACGUGUCCUCGUCAACGCUCACCUCCAAGUACAGAGGGGAGUCUGAGAAGCUGGUCCGGCUCCUUUUUGAAAUGGCCAGGUUCUACGCCCCAACCACGAUAUUCAUCGAUGAGAUCGAUUCUAUGUGCAGCCGGAGGGGGACGUCGGAGGAGCACGAGGCCAGCAGGAGGGUGAAGGCCGAGCUGCUGGUGCAGAUGGAUGGUGUUGGUGGUGCAUCAGAAAAUGAUGACCCCUCUAAGAUGGUGAUGGUUUUGGCGGCCACUAACUUCCCCUGGGACAUUGACGAGGCUCUGAGACGCCGUCUGGAGAAGAGGAUUUACAUCCCUCUGCCCUCAGCCAAGGGCAGAGAGGAGCUGCUGAAGAUUAAUCUGAAGGAGCUGGAGCUGGCCAGCGAUGUGGACAUGUCCAAGAUAGCCGAACAGAUGGAGGGCUAUUCUGGAGCAGACAUCACCAACGUGUGCAGGGACGCCUCUCUCAUGGCAAUGCGCCGGCGCAUUGAGGGUCUGACCCCGGAGGAGAUCCGCAACAUCUCCCGGGACGAGAUGCACAUGCCCACCACCAUGGAGGACUUCGAGUCCGCGCUGAGAAAGGUGUCCAAGUCCGUGUCGGCGGCCGACCUGGAGAAGUACGAGAAGUGGAUCGCCGAGUUCGGCUCCUGCUGAGUCUGCCUCUGCACAGGACCAGCGGUGGGGGAGGGAUCUGUAGCUAUCUAUUAAAAUUCACACACUCUGGCAGUUUUUUUUUUUGUUUGUUCGUUCGUUCGUUCGUUCGUAUUUUCAUUCAGUGCGGUCCUACAGUAUGCUCUAUAGUGUGAUGAUCAUGCGCACUGUUGAGAAACACUACGUCUUUUAUUGAACUUAUUGUCCGAACGGUCACAUUGCGUUGGAGUCCGCCUCUUAAACUGGAGCUAAAACUUAAUUUAACGGGAAUCAAAUGUUUGUGUUGCGUGGCUUUUAGCCCCUGCCCUGGUUGCCACUAGUACCAAAGCAUCCACUUUGUGUUUGUAUGCCAGGGUUUUAGCCUGUGUGCCAGCUGUGUGUCUCAAUCGAAGAGUUAUAAUGCAUUCGAAAUGUUUUAUGCACUUAAUUUUUAUAGGGGGACCACCUUACUCUUCCCAGAAUCACCACAGAGACAUUGGACUGUGGGCGGUUAACUGAAAUCUGACCACAGCAAAGUCUAAAGUUAAAGUUAAUAAAGCUAUUUAAAAGUGAA